AUGGCGCCGCCUCCACCGUCCACCCCUGGUACCUCGAGUACUACCUCAAGCACCACCUCAAGUACCACCUCGACACCAAUCCCUUCUCCAGCACCAUCCUCGAUCCCGCCGCCGGUCCCUGUCGAGACCCAUCCGAACCGUGGGAAGCCUCAAGUGAACCGACUUGGACCAGACCCCAGCCGUCUUGCUCCCGAAGAUGCGUACAAGUCCUUUUCACCACCGCGACUACGGCCACUUCCUGAGAUCAAUGGCUCUGCAGCUGCGUCAGCUGCAGCCGCAGCCCUUCGACCUGCGGUUGCAUCCUUGCGAGCACCCCCCGCGAUCCCGCCCGUUGCGGCGCGACUAGCCGAAGAAAGGAGACGAGCGGCCAGUAGGAGACGCAAACAGCCACAUGUCUGGAAAAAGCUCCUUUGGAUCAAGCAGCACGGCUUCCCUGACAACUACACCGACACUGAAACCUUUCUGGAUCACCUGCAAAGAAAUCCAAGACUGCAACCGUAUGACUUCUGGCCUCUAGUCGCCGACUCCACGGUCAUUGUGCAGCACGUCUGCUCUGUGGCCAUUUUUGUUUGCGCUUAUGCAGGCAUCUACCAAGACCGACUGUCCCCAGUCGCAGUGGUGACGUGUGGUACGAUUGCUACCGUCGCAGGCUGGCUAGUGUGGGAUCAUUGGAUGGGACAGGAAGAAGCGGAAGAGAUGGCAGCGUUUGUGAAGGGCAACAGGUUGUCGGUCGAUGUGGACGAUGGCUCAAGCACGACUUCGUCCGGGUCUGCCAAACUCGCUAUGAACGGACAUGCGAAUACAAAUGGGCACGCCAAUGGCAGUUUAGGUGGCCGCGGAGUCGGGCUCAAACUAUCCACCACCAAUCUUGCUGUUAAGGACCACGAGGCAAAGCCUGCGGGAAAGCAUGGGCAAUCCUUGUCAAAGUCGUCCCUUCAGUCAAUAUCGCCAAUCGACCCUCUGGGCGAUUUUGCCCUUCCUGACCUUCGGUCGACAACAUCUCGCCCGCAACUGCCACAGACCCCAAGCAUGAUUCCUUCUCCCCCGGCCUUACCAGCUUUCGUAUCUCCUCGCAAUCAAGCUCGGCUUAAAACUCUGAAGUCGGCUUGUCUCAUUUAUUUUGCGCUGCUGGGCCUUUCGCCGAUCCUGAAAUCUCUAACCAGAUCCACAUCAUCAGACUCGAUUUGGGCUCUAGCCACCUGGCUGUUAAUCAUCAACAUAUUUUUCUUCGACUAUGGUGGCCUCUAUGUACCGACAAGAUCUUCAAAGACAAUCGCGCCAUCGGAAAUCACCCACAGCACUCUAGCUGAACCAUCUCUGCUGCACUCGCAUCACUCGGUCCGGGCUCCUCCAUUUCCCUCUUCUCUAUCAACGAAUGCCGCCUUAAUGGCUAGCACUGUGUUGGCCUCUCGCCUGCUAACGACCACCGCCGUCUUCAGCCUCACCUUGUUCUCCAUCCAGGUGUUUGGUCUAUUUCCGGUAUUUCGGCGCCAUCUGCGCCACAGAUCAUUGAAGCUCCAUCUGCUUCUCACGUUUGGGCUUGUCACAAUGUCCACGUGUGGGUUGGGAUUGAUCUUGUCGAAAUCAUAUACUCACACAUAUGGCAACUGCGGGUUCUGCAUGGGUUGGAUCUGGCAUGUGAUAUUACGGAGUACAGUCGGGUUUGUGGUAGGAGGGUUCAGCACGGCAUUCGUGAUGGGAGGAUGUUCGUGGUGGUUGAUCGGUUUGCAACGGUAUAAAAACGUGGUGAUCGGGCCCUGGGAUCCAGCCAAACCGGUUCUAGCAGGCGGUGCGUACGGCAGAAGCAGAGCGGGGACAGACUAA